GUGCAAACAGCGAAUGUUAUCUGGGAUACAAAGCUGUAAGAAAUUGCAACAACGAAGCAUUGAGGAAAACCUUAAACAAUUUUCUACAAGGGCCUAAACUGAGGCUUUCAUUGGUGAGACGAAGCUGAAGCUCCUCCUGUUUGGACAGCCUUAAGCAUAGGUAACCCCAGUGUUGUCAGGACAACCUAACGCUCCUGCUGUUUAGUGUGGUGUACAGUUCCUGUCUUCGUCUUGAAGUGGUGUGGAUGCUAAAAGGUUUCCAUUCAGUAGAGACAGGCUCAACAAUGUCAGAUGUGGCCAAAGACAAAGCAGCUCGCCUGCUGAAGAAGAGAGGCAGUAUCUCUUCACUCAGCAGCCAUGAAGUAAAAGCGAAGGAAACAACUGGGAAAACCAAAGACUCAGUGAGUACAGUGUCUUAUAUAGACGAGCCUGGCCAUCAUGAUGACAUUCCCAGACCUGCUGUGCAGAUGGAAAACACCUAUCAAAUAGGACCUAUAAAGAGAUUUCCAGUUGCCACUGUAAACAACAUUUUAAAAGAUGUGCUGACUAGUUAUCUACAAGAGGAGAAGUAUGAAGCAGAACUUUGUAGACAGAUGACAAAAACAAUAUCUGAGGUGAUAAAAGCCAGAGUGAAAGAUUUAAUGAUUCCCCGAUACAAGAUAAUUGUUCUCAUCACCAUUGGCCAACUGAAUGACCAGAACAUGCGUAUUGGAAGCAGGUGUCUUUGGGACCCUACAAAUGACACAUUUUCAUCUUAUGCUUUCAAAAACAACUCCUUGUUUGCUGUUGCAAAUGUCUAUGCUGUUUACUUUGAGUAGAUUAACAAUUUUUCAUUGUUAGUAUUUUGUAAGUAAUAAUGUGGUUGUGUAUUUUGUACAUGAUUUAAAUUAUGUUAUAAGAAUAUGUGGUAUGAAGUGAAUACGUGGUAUGUGGAUUAAUCAUGAGCUUGUUACGUUUAAGAAAUAAACAGGUAAAUUGGCUUAUGUCUUAAGUUAUUGCCUCCCAAUAAAAGUAAAUGUUACAUAAAGCAGCCCCAAAUUUUGUCAUAUUGAAAUUAACAAUCUCUUGGUCCUACGGUAAAGGAUUGUUAAAGUUACAAAAGAUGAUCCUAUUUUAAAUUUGUUAAAGCAAAUAUAAUAUGAAAGAAUAAUCUCUUGAUUGUUAGGAAACCAACAAAUGUUUGUGUUUUAUGCCACUUGACUCGUUCUCGGUUUUGCUGAACACAGAGUAAGAGAAAGGUGUUUUUUCAUUUCUGUUCUGUUUUGGUGUGAUAUCAUGAUUAAAAAUUAUAUGUACUUUACCUUUCUCUUAAGUAGAGUUUGGUUUAGAUUUGCUUUUACUUUACUGGAGUCAUGUCCGACUAGAAUGGGUUGAACAAGAGGAGGCCGCUCAUCUUGUGCAUUUGAUUUGCAGUAGUUUUUUCAUAAAACCAUCUUUGGAAAGAUCUUUUUAGGCUGCAAUGACACCACUGUGCAGUUUGUUCCAAAUUCUGUACUUUUCUCUAAGAGGUGUGUCUCACUUGAAUUCCUAUAUGCAUUUGCACUUGAUUUUUAGCUAUCUUUUUUGAAGUACUGUAGAGCAGGCACUCUCAAUGUCUGUAUUACCAUUCUGAAUACAUACAAUAUCAUUGUCACCUUAUUUUAAUUUAAUUUUUCAAAACCAACAUCUAGAGCCAGAAUGAGCUCUUAAAGUCACAGAGUCCUGAAGAUGUGUUUCAAUUCAGAAGUGUUCUAAAAGCGCAGAACCUUUUCAUAUUCUGUUCAGUGAUGUGUAGGUGCUGCAUUUUUGUUGGCGAUGGCAUUUAAAACAAAAUUUCAAUUUAGUGUUGAGAUGGUUGGUUUGUAUUCAAGCUUUAUUGAUUUGAGAUUGUGAGUCUUCAGUCAUUGACACAUUUAGAGAUAAUAAAAUGUACAGUGCAGGCUUAUGUUUUUAUUCAGAUUUUCUUGGACAGCUUUAAGGGAUAUGCAGUAUUAUUUGUUAGCUAUU